CCCUCCAUAUCAUGUGAUUCAGGUGCUCCAAUCCCCUCCAUAUCAUGUGAUUCAGGUGGUCCAAUCCCCUCCAUAUCAUGUGAUUCAGGUGUUCCAAUCCCCUCCAUAUCAUGUGAUUCAGGUGGUCCAAUCCCCUCCAUAUCAUGUGAUUCAGGUGUUCCAAUCCCCUCCAUAUCAUGUGAUUCAGGUGUUCCAAUCCCCUCCAUAUCAUGUGAUUCAGGCGUUCCAAUCCCCUCCAUAUCAUGUGAUUCAGGUGUUCCAAUCCCCUCCAUAUCAUGUGAUUCAGGUGUCCCAAUCCCCUCCCAAUCAUGUGAUUCAGGUGUUCCAAUCCCCUCCAUAUCAUGUGAUUCAGGUGUUCCAAUCCCCUCCCAAUCAUGUGAUUCAGGUGUUCCAAUCCCCUCCAUAUCAUGUGAUUCAGGUGUUCCAAUCCCCCCUCCAUAUCAUGUGAUUCAGGUGUUCCAAUCCCUUCCAUAUCAUGUGAUUCAGGUGUUCCAAUCCCCUCCAUAUCAUGUGAUUCAGGUGUUCCAAUCCCCUCCAUAUCAUGUGAUUCAGGUGUUCCAAUCCCCUCCAUAUCAUGUGAUUCAGGUGUUCCAAUCCCCUCCAUAUCAUGUGAUUCGGGUGUUCCAAUCCCCUCCAUAUCAUGUGAUUCAGGUGUUCCAAUCCCCUCCAUAUCAUGUGAUUCAGGUGUUCCAAUCCCCU